CCAAACGAUAGGGAAUUUGGUUCGAAGAGGAACUUGUGUAUAGUUUUGUAUAUUACACAAGGAGAGGGAGAGACUAGGUGCAUCGUGAGCUUCGAAUGGAGAGAACAGAGGACGUUCCCUCAGAGUCAACUGGCCUUAUACUUCCUCGCACCAAUCCAAGCGUCAACAACAUCACCAAUAGCAACAACCCUAAUUCUUCUUCUUCAUCUGCUUUGUCGGGUUCUGUGUGGCCAACCAUUGACGGACCACUGGGCCUCUCCGAGGAAGAUUCAAUCGGGUACGCCCGCAGGUUCUUCAAUUUCGGGUUCUUGCUCCUUCCUUGGCUUUGGGCCCUUAAUUGCUUCUACUUCUGGCCUGUCCUGCGUCACUCUCGUUCCUUCCCCCAAAUCCGCCGAUAUGUUGUUGGAUCAGCGGUUGGUUUCAUGGUAUUCACGGUUCUUCUCUCUUCAUGGGCCAUUACAUUUGCAAUUGGAGGGGAACGUCUAUUUGGCCAUUUUUGGGAUGAACUUGUAAUGUACAAUGUUGCUGACAGAUUUGGAUUGACUGGUUGGAUUUAGUUGUGCGCCUUCCUCUCUGAUAUCUAGCACGCAACGGAUUUGAACAGAUUUCUGUAUAUUCGUUUUUAGAAACAAUGUGAACGUGCAACUGGUUCAUAUUCAAUUACAGAAGGGCAGUUUGAGUAACAAAACACGACGUGUUUCUGCAUAAAUAUUGUUUCCGGAAUAAUGCUCAUUUCUGUUUUCAAUUUAGAUUCGAGUGUUAAAAGGGAACGUUUCUCUGUUAACACCUAAAAAAGAGAUGAAAAAAUGUGGGGGUUUGAAAACUCUUUAAACAUUUCUCUGAUUUUGGUUCAUUCAAAUGAAAUUGGCAUGUUAUUCUUCA